UUAAAAACGAAACAAACAACUUUGCUUUAAACCACAUUGUAAGAAACGUCUAACAUGCUGUUCACACAGAUUAUUUAUACAGAAGAAAAAUUAGAUAAUUUUUUGGCUAAAUGGAUGACGAACUGAUUGACCCCAUGGAGCAUUCCAUGGAUGAGAUACGCCACAAUUUCGAGAACUAUAAAAUGCGCCAUGCCCGCUUGCUCAGGGCGGACGAGACCCAAGAAGCGAGGAUUCAACUCGAUAAGGAGCUACAGGAUUUACGCGCCGAAAUGCAGGAGCUGCGCCUGGAAAUGAGCACACUGCAUACGCGUCAAUCGGAGCUUCUAUGCUGGCACGAUGACAAUGCCAUUGAGGAGCUGCCUUCGAGUAUUUGUGAAUUGGAUCUAAUGCAUAAAGAGCAAACGGAUAACAUCGUUCCUAGUCAACAGCCGAUGGAGUUAACGGGCUGCCAGCAGAAGGACGAGCUACAGCCGGAUCAGGAUCAGCUGGUCAUCAACUGCGAGUCCAGUCCGUGUCUCUUUGACUACUGCCACAUGCACGUCGACAGUCAUCUGCUGCUGCUGCACUACUUCAGCGAUCACAAUGAGGAAACUUCCGCUUCGCAGCGCUGCCACAAGGUGUGCAAGGGCCAGCGUGUCAUUCUGUCCUUUGAUAGCCGUUGCUGCAAGUUUAAGCAGAAUCAUGUGAUUGGAUUGCUCGCCUAUAUUGGCCCAUGGAUGGCGGAGAAGCAGCAGCAGCAAAAGCCGCUCGAUUUGUGGAAAUCAGCUGGCGACAUAUACGACUCGUUUUUGCCCCAGGAGCAAGCUCAUCUGGCCAGCAACGUGCCGAUUGUGGUGCUCAUCUGCUUGACGGCUUCGAAGGCUGCCUUGCAGGACAAGCCACUCGCACAUCGCACCUUGCCUCCAACUAAUGCCGAAAAUCAGGUGUUUGUCAUUUGGCUAGCGACGACGCAGGAUCUGCAGGUGCAGCUGCGUGCCAGCCUGAAGCUCUGUGGACGGGAUGCAGCCAUCCAGGCAAAGGCCCAGGUGGCCGUCUGCCAGGUGAAAAUCUGUGGAGACGCGGGUCGCUUUAUGCCGGUGGAUACAAACUAUUGGCGUCUAUCGUUCAGCGAGAUUCAAAAGAUAUCGAAUGACUUUCGUGACGAACUGCAUCUGGAGAUUGAUCUCACGCAUCUUAGCCCCAACUGGAGCCCAAUCUGUUGACUGCAUUCUACUCACACUUGCGUUAUCCUGCAGUGCCUUGCACUUGGCCUGCUCCGUGGCGUCGUUCAGCUCAGCGAUGCGUUUGUCCAGCGACUGUUGGGGAUUUGUUUAAGAAAUUUGAGUUUGAUUUUGAUUACAUAAAGGUUAAAUCUAA